UCUGCAGGAGUGUGUACUGCCACUUAGCCCCAUGGCUCAAGAUGGACUGCCAAAAAUUUAUUCUCAUCCUCCAACAGAAAGCAGUAAAAUACCAGCAGAAGCAACCAUUUUCUUUGGGGCUGACACUGUUCCUAUACCAGAAACAACUAUCACAUCUGGAGAUCAUGUCACUUCAGUAAACGACUGCGUUUUAGAGAGUGAUUUUUCAACGCCUGCAGGCAACAAGAUUGUGACUACAAAGGAAAGACUAAAAUCAGAAGAUGAAGCUGAGAACCACAUCAAGUCAACAGCCCCCUUAGAGAAAGAAAUGACCACUCCCGCUGGCACUACAAACUCCACAGCUAAGGAAUAUAAUACUGAAAAUUUCAUUCCACUGAAGGUUGGCAAGAUUUCAUCCCCAGUCACUACUGUUUCUUUAAUAGAUUUUUCCACUAAAACAAAACAAGAUAACCUCUUGGCUACUGCUGACAUCAGGAAUGAAGACAUCUCAAAGCCUGCUGAAAGCUCUGGCACCCUAACAGAAGACACUGUCAGUGUCACUGAGAACACUGCCUCUGCAGCUGAGAGUGGGGAGAUUGACUGUAAUUCUUCCCUCAACCCUUCCAUUCCUGAGGUUGAAGUCUCUCCCUUAACUGAAAAUAACUUCACCACCAUUCCAGACAUAACAGCCCUUGCAGAAGAGAACAUAACUGAAAUUGACCUAGUAGUCUCCCAGGUCAACGCCAAGGCUGUAGCUAAACUAAGUGACACUGAGGAGGAGAAGCUCAUCACUGUGUUCGAACUCACUACCUCUAUUGAAAAAGACCAAGGUAACCUGGAAGAGGCACUAAGUGAUGAAGAGUCCAUUGAUGAAGUCAAUGUUUGGAUGCAGAGACACACAAAAAAGGAAGCAGAAACGAAUUCUGUUUUGCUUACUGCUGCUGAAUCCAAGUACAACUUCACUGUCCCUGCCUCAGAAGCUAUGAACAUGGCAGGAGAGCCAGAUACUGACACAACAAAAGACCUGCCUGAAAAUAAUACAACAGAACCUGUACCUGAGCCAGAUACUGACACAACAAAAGACCUGCCUGAAAGUAAUACAACAGAAUCUGUACCUGAGGACACCGAGUCACUUUCUGACACUCCAAACCCCGAGGAAGACACCUCCACAACUGAAAGUGGUGUCUUCAAACUACUGAAAGAAGAUCCAGACGAGCUCAUGAUGUAAAGGCAGUGCAAGGGGUGUCGCAUAGGACUGCACAAUAACCUGGAAGCCAGUCUCAGCAUGGGGACGUUUUUCCAGCAAGCAAACAUCUUUAAAAAUUGAAAAAAUGUAGCCAUUAAGGCAAGUAUUAGACUUAGAAAAUACAGAGGUCA